AUGAGCGAAAUAGCUACAAAGUCCUCACCCAAUAAAACUACACGUAAGACUCCGCAGCCAGCCGACGACGAACCUAAAUCACCCGUACGUAUAACUAAAGCACGUAAGCAGCAAAAGAGAAAACGUGAAGGAUUAAACGAAGAUGACGAAUGCUAUGGUCUAAUGGAUGAAAUGAAGAAAUUGUUUGAUGAUUUCAAAUGCCAGCAAAAUAAAAAAUUAGAGCUCCUUCAAUCAUCUAUAAACUCAAUUAAACAGCAAAAUGAUGACUUUCGGGCUACUUUAGAAUUCAUAUCGAUGCAAUACGAUGACAUAAAAACUAAAGUAGAUUCUCUCGAGCUGGAUAAAAAGACGCACCUUGCUCAUAUACAGUCCCUUGAAACAAAGAUCGAAAAUCUGGAAAAGAACCAAAAUAUAUCUGCCGUCGUCAUCCGCAAUGUACCCCAUAAAAGUGGGGAAAAAAAAGAACAUUUACAAAAUCUUAUUGAAAAAACUGGCACCCUACUAAACAUUACGGUCGGAAAUUCCGACAUAAGAAACAUCUAUCGAAUAAAUUCUAGUAAAAAUAAUAACUCAACAAUAAUUGUAGAUUUCUCAACGGUCACAAUGAAAGAUCGCUUCCUAGGGGCCUUUAAAAACUAUAAUAAAACCAAUAAAAAAAACAAGUUCAACACAAAUUUACUAAAAUUAGAUGGCCCCGAAAAACCUAUCUAUGUGUCCGAGCAUCUUACUUUUAAAUGUCGCAAGCUGUUCUCCCUUACACGUGAUUUUGCGACAAAAAACAGCUACAAAUAUUGCUGGACUACCAACGGCAGAAUAUAUUUACGAAAAACUGAAGGAUCCCGUCAUAUCCGUAUUGAUUCAGAGUGCGAUCUAGACAAGUUAAGUGAGCAACUG